UACUUUCAGCGGAGGAGGGAGACAGUGGGAGGCGCAAAGUGCAUCAUGCGACAUCUAAUCGAAAGCAAACUUGACAAGGAAAUAAAAAAACAUCGCUCGCGAGCCGUAUUGUCCUCACUUGCACCUGCACGCUUCUAACUUAAUUUUGAAAACUUGAACAGAUAUAUUUAUUUAUCCUUAAUUUGAAAAGUCUGUUCAGUCAUGUCAAAGAAAUCAACUAUGAAAAUAAGCAGAGCGAGUGCAGGGAAGGUGGAAAUCUUCCGCCAGUCCCUGUAUAAUGAGGCAGAGAAUCUGUUCUCCAACUACAUCCCCCAGAAGAUCGUACAGCUGGAUGCUCUGCUGAUGGAUGACGCCCUCAGUAUCACAGACAUGUCCUCGCUGCAGGCUCCCCUGGACAUCCCCAUACCCGACCCCCCCGCCCCAGAGGAAGAGGAAAUGGAGACGGAUAAGAAUGAAGACGAUGAGAAGAAAAAGAAGAAAGCUCCAAAAUGUGGCUUCAUCAAGGGGAAUGAGAAGAUCAUGAUGCUUCUAGAGAGGGUGAAACCAGAGAUAGUGGCUUUCAGAGAGGCCAUCAUCACUGUCUCCUGCUGGAUUCAGCACCUCAUCCCCAAAAUAGAAGAUGGAAAUGACUUUGGGGUCGCAAUCCAGGAGAAGAUCUUGGAGAGAAUCACUGCUGUGAAGACCAAAGUUGACGGUUUUCAGACCAACAUCAACAAGUACUUCUCAGAGAGGGGGGAUGCGGUUGGAAAAGCUUCCAAAGACACUCAUGUGAUGGACUACAGGUCGCUGGUCCGCGAGAAGGACGAGGCCAUCUACUCUGAGAUCAGAGUCAUCGUGCUCGACAUCCGCGGCUUCUACGCCGAGCUUUACGACAUCAUCAGCAAGAACCUGGAAAAGGUGACCAAUCCGAAAGGAGAGGAGAAGCCCUCCAUGUACUGAAGAUGGGGGUUCUGGGGGUUUGGGGGGGACAAGGUCUACAACUCUCCAUAUACUCUGCUCCUUCUGACCCGUAAUGCUGCAUGUGCAUUACUCAACCUUUUACUUAUUCUUCUCAAA